GUAAACACCAAAUAUUAUUUCCAUGUAGCAACAAACAACACUUCAUCACAUCUCAACACAACAUUCUUACAAAUUUCAUUCUAAAUUUUUGUUCAUAACCCACACUGACACAAACAUGUCAAACACUGAAUACUGCGGUCAGAAGGCACCCUCGGUAUGUGUGGAAAGUCGAAAACAUCUUUUGGGAACACUGAAACAACUUGCCAAUGAACUAGACAAAGGAUGCUGUGAUGAGUGUUGUCGGGACUCCCCAUUCAAACGUAGAGGUAAGCAAGAAGAAGCCAACCCCUGCCUGGGGGUGUUCCCACCCAGGAUGUCCCAAGUGCCCCCCGGAGUCAACCCCAACAGACGAGGGCGAGGGGCGACACAGCAGCCUAAGGUGACCAUGGACGGUCGAGAGGUCACAGACACAACAAAGGUCCAUGCUGAGGAGGAGUUUGACAGAUAUCCAAGUCCUCCCUGGUUCAAGCCUCGGGAUCGAUCACAAGAAUUGCGAGGUGGCUUCUUCCACAUUGGGUGCGACUGCUACAAGAGGAAUGGCUUACAGGACGAUUGUCCGAGGUCUGAGUGUGGGACUUACGAAUGUAUCUCGCGACCACCAGCGUGUGAUGCCAGCACAUUCUCACCUCACACCGGAGUUAGGAUACCCAACAUGCAGUCCAACCAAUACCACAACUACAACUUGUAUUGACCCUUAACAAUUACAUUGUCAAGUAUAAAGAUAAACCUUGUCCUGUG